AUGCUAUCAGGGGAGUUACUUCCUGUGAGGCGGCUCAGACCAGCGGACGGGAAGAUGGCAGACUCACGGGAACCUCCUCCUCUCUUUAACGACGACGACGACUCUCAUAAGGAGGACGAUAAUGAUGACCUGUUCACGUCGGCCGUCCAGUCGCCCGUGAGCGAGCAGACUACUCCCGAGGACUGCAGGAAGGAGGAGGGGGCCAACGACCCCCUCACUUCCCCCCCACCUGCUGCCUCCCUCACCCCUGACCCCCCAGUUGGUGUCCAACCUGACCUUUUUGAGUCUAGUGAGGAACCCACUGAGGGCGGCUUCUCCUCCGUGUCUUUGGAGCAGCCUGCUGGGGGGGGAGGCAUGCAGCAGGUCAGCACUGAGGCGCAAGACCCUGGUCCUUCACCCUUGCCCUCCCCUUCUUCCAGCACUGCCCAGGAUCUUUGCACUCCUACACCUUCCACCAGCAUUCUUGAAGAACACCCUUCUGUACUCUCACCAUCUGCUGCUUCUAGCACUGCUGAGGAAUCUCUCUCAAUUUCUCCUUCCUCCACUAUUUCCCUCACUACUGAGAACUCUCUCUCAAUUCCUUCUUCUUCUACUGUUUCCAGCAUUAUUGAAAAACCUCAUGAUACUCCAGCGAACUCCUCCAUUCCUAGUGUUACUGAGGAACAACCCUCUGCUCUCCCUCCCUCUAUAGAUCCCCUUAACAUUAAUGAUCCAUCUCUUUGUCCCCAACCCUUUACUCUCUCCAACUCUGCUGAACAAUCCUAUCCCACAACACAUCCCUCCAAUUCUGAACAAGAAUUCCCAGCCUCUCCCCCUCCAACCCCAACAUCAGGUGCCCAACUUGAUUUCGGCAUGACCCUCCCGCAGGAGCUGUCGUCUGAACUCUCUGCAACCCUGGUAGAUGCACCUACUGUAGAGCCAGCAACAAUGAGUAGUUUUGUUGCACCUGCUGAGGAGGCUAGUACAUUGGACACUACACUUAAUAAUUCUGUGAAACUUACUAAUGAUGCUACUCUUGAUGACCAGUCUGCUAACUGUAAUGAUGUCCAAGCUACUGCUGAUACUGCUUCCCCUGCCACUGAUGUACCCACUGCUGCUCACCAGCUUGGCACUGACCCCACUUCCAUGCACGAUACACCCAGUUUCCUUGGUGAUGGUGACACUACUGAAAUCUCCCUUGAUGACAACACUCAGGAAGUGUCGCUGGAGGAGGAACCAGAUGGAGAAUUGUUUGACACUUCCUCAACACCCAAGUUACAGCUUAACCAGGAUCCCACCGAGCACUCUCUGCCUGCAUCCAGCAUCUUGCCCCCAAUGGGAGCUCCUCUGACACCUCCAAUAGCCCCCAUAACUCCGACCACCACACCAAACCUCACCCCGAGUAUCACCCCAGCGGCUCCAACACCUGUUUCCUCGAUGGCUGUGUCGAGACCAUCACCAGAGCAGUUGGAAAGUGAGAGUGGUGAUGAAUUUAUCCAGAUUUCAGUAUCUGACCCCCAGAAGAUUGGUGAAGGGAUUAGCUCUUACAUGGCUUACAAGGUCACCACUAAGACCAACAUUACAUACUUCAGGAAAAAGAACUGGAGUGUGAUGCGUCGGUUCAGUGACUUCCUCGGGCUACACAGAAAGUUGGUUGAGAAACACCUUCACUCCGGGCGUAUCAUCCCACCUGCACCAGAGAAGUCGGCCAUUGGCACUACUAAGAUCAAGCUGAGCAGUGACAAGAGUACAGAUUCUUCGUCGACUGAUUUCAUCGAGAAGCGUCGAGCAUCUCUUGAGCGCUACAUGAACCGUACAGGAGCUCACCCAACUUUAAGAGCAGACCCUGACUUCAGAGAAUUUAUUGAGUUGGAUGCGGAGCUGCCCAGAGCUACACAAACUUCAGCCCUCAGUAGUGCUGGUGUGCUGAGGCUUUUCAACAGAGUGGGAGAGACGGUUAAUAAGAUGACUUUCAAGAUGGACGAGAGUGAUCAGGCGGAGGGACAGUGGUUUGAGGAGAAGACACAACAGAUUGAAAGCCUCGACGCACAGUUGCGUAAGCUUCAUGCGGCCAUGGAGGGUUUAGUGGCAUACCGCCGGGAGCUGGCUACAAGUACAGCAUCAUUUGCAAAGUCUACAGCUGUCCUUAGUAGUGUAGAGGAACAUUCAUCCCUCAGUAGAGCUCUACACCAGCUAGCAGAGUCUACAGAGAGGACACAGACCAUCCACCAUGCUCAAGCAGAUGCUGACUUCUACCUGUUGAGUGAAACCACCAAAGACUACAUCCAGCUCAUUGGAGCAGUGAAGGAUGUAUUCCAUGAGCGAGUCAAGACAUUCCAGACUUGGCAGCAUGCACAGGCAAUGUUGUCUAAGAAACGUGAAGCCAAGGCUAAAGCGGAGUUGGCUGGUCGUAUGGAUAAAGUACAGCAGGCCCAGGAGGAGGUGGCUGAGUGGGAAGUAAAAGUAGAAAGAAGUCAGGAAGAGUUUGAGAGAAUUUCUCGUGCCAUCAAGAAAGAGAUGGAACAGUUUGAAGUUGUGCGUGUGAAGGACUUCAAGGACAUGAUAGUCAAAUACCUAGAAGCCCUUAUGACCUCACAACAGCAGAUUACCAAGGUUUGGGAGACUUUCAUCCCAGAAGCCAAAGCUAUUUCCUAGACAGUCAGAUGACAUCAGCAGUCAUCCUCUUCAAUGAACUACCCCAACUAAGAGCUCCUGUUGAGCCCAUUUUUUUGUCACUGGUGUCCAUUAUGUGCAUCCUGGAACUUGCAUCUAUUAUUCAAACCAGUUAUCAGCAUUCCUACCUUGGGUUUAGGUGUUUGGGUGUGAUGAAUUGUUCCGAUUUUUGUGAGUGAAGUGCAGCCUUAAUUCUUUGAUAUAUUGAAUUUAAUAGUUUUUAUAAUCUUCUUUUAUAAGGCAUAGUGUAGGAAGUGUCCUCUAGAAUGUUAACACAGUGUGGAGUAUCAUAAUGUAGAUUUUUUUUCCUUCCCCAUAUCUUGUGUUGGUCAUUCCCAGUGGAUCUCUACUUUAUCAAUGCCUUCUCAAAGUACAUUAUUUUACAACCUGGAAAUAGAAUCUUUUUCAUUUGCAUGUUUCCAAGUAGCUUGAAACAGAUACGUUUUAUUACUCUUUCAUAAUCAUCUAUAGGUCUUUCUACAAUAGGUAGUGUAUGCAUAGCAGUAUAAACGGAGAAUUUCUUAGGUAUGUAUACUGCAUCACCCCCAGUGUUACCUUUGGAGUCAUUUUCUUUCAUUUUCUUGGUUAUCUGGAUACCUUGGCAUUUUGGUAAUAAAUAUUGGUUUGUCAUCUGUUUUUGUUUGUAUAUUUUAGAAAGAAGUUUAUAAUAAGAACUUCUAUUUGAAUGGGUUAUUAUGCAGCAAUUGUAUCUAAAACUCUUAUUGAAUAAAUGUAUAACAACAAUUGGUACCAGAUUAAUGAUAUAGUAAAUUAGUUCAUGAUACCAAGUUAAAGACCAAACUAGAGUAUGGUGUCAGUCUCUUAACCUAGUAGGGAACCACUUUGUUAAAAUCUAUUCAGUUAUGAAGUAUUUUGAGGCAUAACUGCUAAAGGUAGUUACAUAAAGAUCUGAAUGUAUUUACAGUGGGUUAUAAUUCCUUUGAUUUAAGUAAGGGUCAGUUAAUCAGUAGUCUGACGUAAUAUUUAAUACUAUAUUAUGUUUGGUGGUUUAUUUGUAAAUCAAUUUCUGGAUUUAUUUUAGCUUGUGAUAUGGUCAUGAGAAGUCUAAAAACCUACAUAUUUGUUGAUCUUUUUAAAUUCUUUAAUGGAGGGGAGUAAAUAAGUUAGAUUUGAACAUGCUUUAGGUUUAGUAAAUAAUACAACAGGUAGUGCAAAGAAGAGUAUUAUGUUGGCCUACAGUAAGUAGUGUCAUUUGUACUCAUUAUUAUUCCUCGACGUGUAGUCUUUCAUGCACGUGGCCUGUUCAACAAUGCAUGAAGGCUUAUUGACAGUACGAUCUUCCCAAAUAAACAUAAAGAAUAACUUUUGUCAUUAGACUUGAGUUGAACUUGGUUGGGAUCAUACAGAAAUACAACUUGUUUCUUGUACAUUCUCACUGUUAUUUUAGCCUGUAUUUUUUUGCUUAAGAUGGUGUUUGUUGUAUACAUUUUUGAUUAGGCUCAAUUAUCUGCUGAACUGAUUGUACAGUAUAUAUAAAAUCUAUUUAAAGAACCAAAAUGAAUAACAA